UGUAUGCAAUAAGUCGUCCAUGUCAAAAGGCAAUGGGGUUCUUGUUCCUUUCGUCCUCUUCUUGGUGUCCACGUCCUUGUUCUCGCCGCGUUCGCUGGCGUCCGGAUCCCCCGGCACUGGAGACAGAAGCGGCUGCGGGAGGCCCGACCCUUCCCGCCACUUCAAGUGUUACUACGGGGGUUACGAUCUUCAGAACAAGCAUUACUGGGCUUCUGCGGCAUUUACAGGAGUUCACGGAUACGUGAUCGCUGGGGCAUGGAUGUUGAGCGGACUAGGCUUCGGAAUCUUCAUACUUUCGAAGGGCGCGAGCACAAGCUCGACGGACCCGUCAGAUCUCCAAAGAGUCGUAGUAAUCUCCCUCAUGCUCUUGCUCACCCUUCUUGCCAUAGUGGCCAGCGGUUGCGUCCUCGCAGCGAACCAGCGGUCCCACCACAGAAUGAGGAGGCUGAAAGAAACCAUUCUCAAAGCGGGCGAUGACGCUCACCGAACAAUCCGAAGGAUCAUCACAACAAUGAUGGGAAUGGAGUACCUAUUGCUUCCCUAUGAACCCGCUGUGUCUUUCCGGUUGAAUUUGACCACCCAUCAACUCAGAAAGGAGUCGAGGGUCAUCGAACAAUUCGUCCAAACGAACGGCCGUUCAAUCGAUCUGGCAAUUCAAACUUCGUACAUAGCACAUAUCGUAAUCGUAGCGGUCAACAUGGUUCUGCUAACUGGGGUGAUCGUUCUUCUUCUACUGCACUGGCAUCCGGGACUCGUCAUGAUAAUUCUCUUUUGCUGGAUCUUAACAACUCUUUGCUGGGUUAUCACCGGCAUCGAUUUCUUCCUCCACACUUUUGCAGAGGAUACUUGCUCAGCAUUUCAAGGAUAUGUACAAAAUCCCAAAAAAAACAGUCUUACCACAAUCCUACCGUGUAUGGACUCGUCGUACUCAGAUCAACUCAUGACGGAGAUCGGCUCCACCAUUUACAACUUCUUCGCCCUGUUGAAUGCCAAGACAACCGUGCUAUAUCGGUCCUUAGGAAUAGGUGACCUGGGCAACGAGCUGACUGGAGUCCUGAAGAUAUGUGAACCUUUUUCCGGACCUCCUAACUACAGCUACAUGCCAGGAAACUGCUCAAAAGACGACAUUCCGGUUGGCGACUUGCCAAAUGUCCUCGCGCCAUUCACGUGCUACCAGGGAAACUCGCCAGGUAAAUGCAAGAGCGAAGGGAAGUUCGUGCCGGAGUCCGCCUACUACAUGGCCUGCGCAUACAGUCGGUCCAUCCAAGGACUGAUCGACAUGUAUCCCGAUCUGAAGGGCCUAUCAGAGUGCUCUUUUGUGAAGGACAGGUUUGAGGAGGCUGUGCUGCACCAGUGCAGGCCAUUCAGGGCCUCCACACGCCGGUUGUGGUCAUCAAUGCUUGCCCUGUCAAUUGUGAUGGUGGCUUUGGUGCUGGCCUGGGUGGUCAAGGCAUGCCAGGAUAGGGGAAGAGCCUUCUCUAGGUGCUCCAUUUUCCCCAAUUCCUAGACAGAGGUGGCCUAAUUUGUUGUCCAAACCCACUUGUAACAAAGACGUUUAGG